AUGAAAAACAAGAUACACAAAGUAUGGAUAACAUUGAAAUGGAAAGAAAUUACAUUUGAUGAUCGGAAAAAUUCUGGAGUAAAAUGUCACUCAUCUUGCCCUAUUGCUUUCCAUGAUUUGAAAAUGAACAAAAAGCAUCGUUAUGUUUUGUUUCACAUCAACGAUGGAGGAGAAGUCAGCAUUCUGAAAAAAGCUGAGAGAGAGGCAACGUACCAAAAUUUCAGAGAAGAUAUGAUUGAAGCAAUGGAGUUGAAAGACGGUCGGUACGUUGUAUAUGACUAUGAAUACCCCAAUAAAUGUACAGACUUGUUUUUUAUAAUGUGGACCCCGAAAAACUUAAGCACCAAAAAGAAUAUGGUGUAUGCAGCCUCAAAGUGUGCCGUAAAGUCUCAGUUCCAAGGAAUCAAACAUUUCUUGGAGGCACAUGACCUAGAAGAUAUCAGUGAAGAGCGUUUUAAUGAGGUGGGGAAGCAGAAUAGAUUGAGUUGAGUUAUUGGAACUUUAAUGUGGAUCAUUUGUACGGAUUACACUCUCUAACUGGAUUUCACUUGUUUUUUUCUAAUUAAUGCAACUCAUCCCAUGUAUUUGAUUUUCAGCUUCGGUUCAAACUUUGUAUUUUCAUAGUCUCUGACCAGACUGUUCUGUGGAAGAUCUAUUGAGUGUUUCAUCUUCAGUCACUUGUCAAUAAAACUUUGAAAGGUGUGUUUUUUAUAACGAUUUGCUUAACCAAAUCUUGUAGACUGGUUUUUUAAACAUUCAGUUGAGUCCUUUAUUCGAUAGUUUUCUAGUUAGUCCGGUCUAUUAUACCUCAAUUUUUUAGUUUAGGUUAUGAUAAUUUUAAGAUUAGCUGGGCUUAUGUGUACUGACACAGCGAGCAUCAAUAUAGCUGAAGGUACCACUAUAUAACGUUAUACAUGUGUACGAGCGACCCCAAGGUUACGGCUCAUGUUUUCAUCUCCCCACUUUAUUAGAUAGCUAUCACCUCGCCACGACAAAUUAAGAAGCCUAUCGCGUUUCAAACUGUUGAGCCUUUGCAAUCGCUUAUCUUCUCUAUUUCUUAGUGUUGUACUAACGUUGUACUUGACUUAAUUAUAUAUGUUGUUUACUUCAUUGUUACCACUUAUAAACACUCAGGAUUUGCUUCAAAGUGAUCUGGGCUAAUAACUUUGUGGCUGGAAGGACAUGUCACUUGUGAGUCGGUCGUCAUUAACCCAGGACAUCGUAUAUACAUGCAUCAGUCUUAAUUACUACAAUGAAUAUCACAACAAGAAUAAAAAAAGCAUGGUAUAUGUACUAAUGUUGAAAUUGAUGGAAAUCGAAGAAUGGGAAAUAGAUUGCAAGGAAAAAAUAAGGUCGAAGAAUGAACAAUUAGGAAUUAUACAUAAAACUUGAAGGGCGAUAGGAAGUAAAAUAAACUGUGGAGGGAUUCCGUUUGUUUUAAGUUACUGUUUGUGUACCUCUAACUUUUUAGAACAAAUAUGUUCUUAGAUGUAGUAAAUCCUGACGUCAUACAUUUCAGUUUAUUGACUUGUCGAAUUCGAAUAAUACACUUCAUUUCAUGAAUUCAAUUACAUUUUCUUUGUAAUCUUGAUUAGGAAGUUACAUCAGUUGUACAAAUUUGUGUGCUCUUCUAGACAGUUUUCAAAUAUAUAAUUUGAACAACAAUGAAACUUUAUCAAGAUUAAUCAAUCGGUAAAAAUAAUGUACAACUUGAUGUAAAGAGUCAUUAGCACGAAUGUCUAUAUCGUUUGUCCUUGUAACUUGUUUGUUUUCUACUCGUCUAGUGAAGUGUGAAAUAAACAAGUCGUUUCGGCCCGGAAUUCGUAUGCAUAUUUGUUAGUUAACUUUGCUGAUCAUCUACAUAAACUUAAAUAUGUAAGUCAAUCAAUUAGUCUGUCUGCUGCAGUUAACUUCCACAACCGGUAUUUUCACUUGAGCUGUUAUCAAACAAGAGUAUGCUCGAAAUUUAGUGGUAGAUUCAUACUGAAAGUAUUCAAUCUUGAACCACUAGGUAAUAGGUUCGAAACUCACUCCACUGCCGUUCGGUCACCUGGAUGUUAUCAUUAGUUCUUAUGGACAGUGUGGCUCAAACUCGAAUAAGGAGACCUAUACUGAGUUGGGCCAAAUAGCGUCAAAUGAUAUAUGUAGUCCAUCGUUGUUAUGCGUUUGCUACAAGGUCGCCGCAGUAUAUCACUAACAUGUUUAAUUUUCCUAAAGAUAUAUGACUGAAAUGUUGAAAAACCACAUGCGUUUCUUCAGCUCAUCUCCACAAUGGAAGAAAUAACAGUGAACUUACAAAUAAAUGCAUCCUUCAUGAAAAAAUGACCACUCUGUUCGACUGAACAAUCAAUCGCUACAUGGCAGUUGUCAGUGCUGUGCGCAGGUUUGUCGACAGUAUAUACCCUUCAACAGGUUCUGGAACGUAGAAGUACGUAGAUAUUUGUUGAAAUAGUAUUGGAAACGUAUCUUACUCUGUCUAUCAAAAGGGGUCUUGGUGCACUCAGUAACUGGAUAAAACACUGGGAUGUUUAUCAUUCUACUAGAGAUCCUCUUUUGGAGCACUGCUGUAAUUAGAGCUUAUUGAAAGCUGUCAUCGUCGUUGGCUUCGUUAACUAGUGGGUGUAAGAGCUCUUUUACUUUCCCUGCUUGUUUCUUUUGUUAUAGACAUAUUUCUAGCAACUUUAUUCGUGGAAUUUCAGGGACUCAACCUCUGCCAAGAGACCCAUUUAUUGACUUCCAGUGUAAGGAUUGUUCUGCUUACUGAAAAUACUAAUAGCAGUCUUCUGAGUGGUCUGUACAAUAACUCAGGGAUGUUUCUUUAACUUCAGAUGCAAAGUGAAUUUUCGAGACUGGUGCAAUCCAGUGCCUGUUGUAAGCAUAGGUAGUAAAGUGGUCGAACUUGUUAACUACCUAUUUUUCUUGUUGAUUUUUUCAACCCUGUCGUGUUUGCAGCUGGUGACACAAAAGGAUCACCUGUUUCUUCCCAACAAUGCACAGGCAUGAACUUUGUCAAAUAGCAUUUUUUCAUAUAUCACUUUACUACUGUUCUACAUGACCUAUUAAUGUGAAAACACGUAGGUUUGUCGGUAACACACAAUCACAGAUGUCCUAAAAAGUACUCUUUGUGUGAUGAAACCGCAGCGUAAGUAUUAUGAUAUUGAGCGUAGAGUAUUAGGUAAUGAUAACUGGUGUGACUGUCGGCCUUUAUCAAGUGAAUUUCUCGGGAAAGAUACUGCACAUAUUUAACCAAUGCAUCUCACUAUCUGGAUUGUAAAGUACGAUUAUCGUUAUUUGUUUAGAUACGUCAAUUUUGGUACAAUUAGGCACCGAAAUAAAUGUGCAUGCAUCACACAGUGCGAGACAGAGGACGGAAGGAAGGAAGAUACGUAUAAUGGGAAAGAAUUGAUUAUUGAAUACAAGUGAAUGAGAGUUGUGAGCGGUCGGAGAGACAGUUCAGCCAGCAGGAAUACAACCAGAAUAGAUUAUUUCAGUUAGGGAUGUUCUCGCUUUUAUGAGGAAAGUAAACCGGAUUACAACAGGAUUGCUACUGACUUCAACUCUGACCCGUGUACAAUAACAUCUCAAGCCAGUGUUGCAGUCUCCAGGACACGAACCAUCUAGUCGUGAAGGACCGACGAAUACUAGUCACGUACUGCGACAUCAAGUCACAAACUGACCAUCCGCUAUUCUCGGCCAGUUU